AUGGUAAGCAGCUUGAUGAACACCAGCGAUCCAGAGUUUGUUGAAAAAGAAAGUUAUGUCUUCCCCGAUUUCAGAGCACUGCAGGUGCUUGGUAUAUGGUCCGUAUCAGAUGUCAGUUUUGAGGAGAUCACAAUAUUUGGAUAUGAGAUUUAUAUUGUGGAACAGUGGGCUGCGGAGAGGAGAUUAUCCACUCUAAUUACCUCUUACAACGGUAACUCUGGAGACCAGGUAUUAGCUGUAAGAGUGUUACUCCCCAAAAAUCUGGAGAUGUGGUCAGAUAAAUUCAAGGCCUACUAUGAUGAAUUGAUAAAAUUCUCUAGUCCCAAGGUGAUUGGAAAGCAUACUGUCUUCAUAACUGAUCUUUCGUCCGUACCGUCUGGUCUGAAUAUACUCCAGAUCCAGUGUGGUGACUUUAAAAAGGCUUGGGAGCUGUUCAAGAUUAAUUACGAUUUGAAACGGUUGCGUUGUGGGGGUAGGUCGGCAUUGCUAUUGAAAAGUCCUUCCAUGGCUGUGGCGAAUAAGUUCGCCUUACUGUAUAAAAUACCCAGGAAGACCCAUACGUCACAGCACCAUGAUGAUCAGCAGGAUACCGAAAUGCUCCAUUCCAAUGAAUUUGACGUCGGUGGCAUUGUAAAUCUUGAUUGUCCGGUGGUGGAAUUGGUGACUAUAAUACAAACAUGUCUUAGUUAUUUUUCGCUGUUUGAAUUUAUCAAGGAACAAAACGGGUUGUUGUGCAAUUAUACAAAGCAAGGUAUCGUAGAUUGGUGGGAUGUUUAUGGAAAAAUAUAUUUGGGUAGAGAUCGACCCAAAACAGAAGCAACCAUGGGACCGACGAGUGUAGCAUCACUCAUUAGUUUGGUAUUGAGUUGUUAUUUCAAACUCAUGGUCCUUGGGUUCAUGUCGGCAGAUGAUCCUUUCAAUGAGAAAGAGUUUUUCUCCGGUGUAUAUGCUUUCCAAAAGAAACACAAUUUAUCGAAAAAUCACAAAAAAACGUACUUAGACGAAAACACGGUACACAAAUUGUUUGAACUAACGGAUAAUGCAUCAAGCACGGAUAUUUUUAAAAUUAAAACAGUAGUCAAAUCGACAAUGAAAGACAUAUCAGGUAAGGGAAACUUUCUGCAAUUAUCGAAUGAUGUGCUGACAACAGAUUUACAAGUGCUCAUCAAAAAUAUCUAUGAUGGGAAAUUGGCUGCCCUUUGGAAGGAAGAAACAAAGUCAAGUAAGAACUAUACAAAUUUGAGAGAAAAAGAUUUUACAAGACUCAACUUUUCGAACGGUGAUUUACAAAAAAUAUUGGCUGAGCAGGACCGCUACUUACAACGUCAAAAGACAACAGAGAGUGGUUCAGUGCAUUCACCUUGCAACCGUAAUGGCACAGAUAAAACGCAAGGUAUAGACGAAACACUUCCCAAGAACACGUUUGGAAACCCGUACCAAAACUUUAAGACAUGUACCGGAACUUUUGAAAAAUCGGAUAUAUGUGGCGCACAGUAUCACAAUGAGUUUAAUAGACGAAAUUCGAUUACUUUUAAUAAUGACGGAACAAAUUGGAGAAUACUCAAAACAGGCGGAGCUGAGAGCCUACACCGGUGUAAUUCGAUGUCAGGUCUUUCAGAUAUCACAGAAAAAUGGACACUUCCAUUCGAUUCUUCUGUUGUUAGAAUUGCUAGAGAUGUGUUGCGAGUAAAGAGAGAAUUCAGCAAAGACGACUGUUUGGACAAACAGCCACAGUGCUCUGACUCAAGUUGGGACGGGUACCCAAAAGAGCUGAAAAUAUUUGAUCAGGCAAGUAGUAAUGUAGGAAAACGGUCUUUGAGCACCCUUAAACAGUCUCGGAUGUUGCAAGGUCAGUGUCUGGAACUGGAAAGUAAAGAGGGUCUUCUUUCCAGGGAGAUGAAGGAGUUGGACUCGAUGGUUGCACAACUUCGAUACAAUAUUAAAGUGUUAAACACCCGUGUAAUUGAUGUGGAACGUAGUGUGGGUAGGUUUGAUUCGGAACUAGCAAGAGUUACUGGGAGUAUUUUGUCACUAAUUCCAGACACUAAUAAUUCAGGAGGGGUCGCGGCCGAUAUUGAAGAGUUCAAAAGGUAUAUCAAUAACUUAGGUACUGCAGAAGUGACAAAAUAUGAGGGCUUCUGCAUAAAAAUAUUCCAGAACAAUCUAUUCAGUGAUUUAAAGAAAAAUGUUGAUUCUUGGUUUAGGUGGAUGUUUGGCGGAUUAAAUCAUCAUCAAAACAGUUCAGAAGCCUAA